UCUGCUAGUCCUGACCUCACCACCAUCGCACUUCUAUUGGUCGUCAUCCUCGUCUCUCUCCAGAUCCUCAACAUGCUUUACAACUCGGUGGUGUUCUGGUUGAGGGUGGCUCGGCGAAUGGCAUUCUGGGGUGGGUUGAUCGGCAUCGCGCUAUGGAUGUAUGCCAGAGGGCCAGACGGCGUCGCGAAAGAUGUGCAGUACUGGUACGAUACAUGGAAUCGAGAAUAUCGAUAUUGGAAGGAGCAGGAGAACAGCGCGAAAUUUUUGCAACAG